AGAAGUCGCCACUUUCUUAACAAAAUUCAGCGUGAUAACAAGGUUUAUUUUUCUUACCUAUCAGUUUCAUCGGAUAGGAGAGGAGGUUGCCGAGCAUGGGUGACAAGCGGCGCAGAUUUCACGAGGAAAUGACAUUCAUCAAGCGCAUCAACCCCACGCAGUAUGAGAUCGCCAUGGGGUUUGUGCCCAAUAUGAGGGUGCCAGGCAUUUGCUACGUCAACAGUGCUUUGGAGGGACUGCUUUUCGACGAGCUCAAAGCCUAUUCCAGCUCUGGAGGCCAAGGAGGCUUCCUCCCUGCUGUCAAGCAGAUGGCAAACGUGGCGGCAAUGCCAGGAAUCGUCCAGAGGUCCAUUGCGCUGCCGGACAUGCACUCGGGAUACGGAUUUGCCAUUGGCAACGUGGCAGCAUUCGACAUGUCCGACCCGGAGGCAGUGGUGUCACCAGGGGGCGUCGGCUUUGACAUCAACUGUGGCGUGCGCCUCAUACGAACCAAGUUGACGGAGGCGGAUGUGGCAGACAAGAAGGAGGAGCUGGCACAGGCGCUGUUUGACCAUAUUCCAGUGGGUGUGGGCUCCCAGGGCAUCAUCGCCACCAACACCAAGGACCUGGACACCAUCCUCGAGAUGGGCAUGGACUACUCUGUGCGCGAGGGCUAUUCCUGGGCGGAGGACAAGGACCACUGCGAGGAGCAUGGGCGCAUGCUGUCCGCCGAUCCCUCCAAAGUCAGCCAGCGCGCCAAGAAACGCGGCCUGCCGCAGAUGGGGACCUUGGGCGGCGGGAACCACUAUGCGGAGAUCCAGGUCAUCGACAAGGUAUUUGAUGAGGUGGCUGCGCGCAAGAUGGGCAUCGACCAGGAGGGCCAGGUGUGCAUAAUGCUGCACAGCGGCAGCAGGGGACUGGGCCACCAGGUGGCCACGGACGCGCUGACGACCAUGGACAAGGCCAUGUCACGCGACGGCAUCAUAGUCAACGACCGCCAGCUCGCCUGCACCCGCAUCAACUCCAAGGAGGGGCAGGACUAUCUGGCGGGGAUGGCGUGCGCGGCCAACUUUGCCUGGGUGAACCGCUCGUCCAUGACCUUCCUGGUGCGACAGGCCUUCCAGAAGAUCUUCAAGCAGCAGGCCGACGACCUGGACAUGCACGUCGUCUACGACGUCUCCCACAACAUCGCCAAGGUGGAGGAGCACUUGGUGAACGGCGUGCCCAAGAGGCUGCUGGUGCACCGCAAGGGCAGCACGCGCGCGUUCCCUCCGCACCACCCGCUCAUCCCCGUUGACUACCAGAUGAUUGGCCAGCCCGUCCUGAUCGGCGGCACCAUGGGCACCCACUCCUACGUCCUGACAGGCACGGAGAGGGGCAUGGCGGAGACGUUUGGCAGCACGUGCCACGGCGCGGGAAGGGCGGCCAGCCGCAACAGCUCCAGGCGCACACUGGACUACACACAGGUGCUUGACAAUCUGAAGACCAAGGGCAUCUCGAUCCGCGUGGCGUCGCCCAAGCUGGUGAUGGAGGAGGCGCCGGAGUCCUACAAGGAUGUCAGCGCUGUUGUGGACACCUGCCACGAAGCCGGCAUCUCCAAGAAGACUGUGCGCCUGCGACCCAUCGCCGUCAUCAAGGGCUGAUGCUGCACGCUCUCAGCCGCCGCUGUACAUUUGCAUUUUCUCUCCUGGUUUAAAGUUGCCUGCUGGCAUUAAUUUGCUGGUCACUGUGCUGACCUGCGUAGUGUCACACUGCUGGUGUGGGCCUGCUUUGCUUGAUCUGGGUCAUUUUUUUGUUGUCUGACCUUCUCCCCUUACCAGGGUGUACAUGAUUUGCCUGGUCAAUUGAACCUCAGAACCCAAUCCUAUGAACCCGUAGAGAAGAAGCUGGAACUUUAGACAUGAAUGGACAUUUAGGAAAUGGUUUGAAGAGCUGCUCUAUCUAUAGCUAGAAGAGAAGAAAGCCUUUUGUUUGUAGGGAAUGGACAACAUUUGAUCGCCGGGCUUCAGCAAACAUAUCUCCGUUUGUCGAUACCUUAAAAGUAGAGAGCGAUUACAGCAGCGACUCACAUCAAUCAAAUUGGCAUUCUAUC